AAGGGUCUUGAAAAUGUAUUAUGAAGGUUGAAAAAUUACAUGGUGUCGCUUUAAAAAGUUGUUUGUAUACGUAGGCGUUAAAAAGAAUACAUUUUAGUGCAAUGUCAAAACCGCAAUACUGGUAUUUUUGCUUAAGGUUAUCCUACCACCAAAAUCUCAUACCGGCCCAUGCUAAGUAAAGAUACUGAUAUGUCUCUGUGCUUUUAUAUUUGCGCAUUGAAGACCCAUCACCUCCGAUCAACAACACGAAAUGAUUGAAUGUAUCUUCAUAUAUCAAGCCACUUCUUAAUUUCAUCCUCACACUGGUUCAUACAUGGCAGGUGUAGUAAAUAUUAACUGUUUAAAUGAUGUUUUAUGCGUGCUCCCACUACAUGGUUUUCUACCAGCUGGCUAUUGAACCACAAGUCUCGCACAGGAAGGGAAAAACGUCACAUCACUUACUUCCGCGUUCGAGAAAAAGGUGGAUGCAUAAGAAAUACAGGCUUCAUCAUAAUGCCGAUAGUUGUUAUACAUUAAUAGUUAGCAUUUAGCACAUGCUAGUGCAUACUAUCUGUCCUAAAUAGUAGUCAAUAAGUACAAUAAGUAUAUGUCCUAAAUUGUAUAAUGUUGAAAUAAGUACACACCUACUAUUUUAGGAAUGAUUUACACCAAGAAGCAAGAAGAUGAGUGAUGAUAUAUAUGAGGUCCCUGAGGGGACAGAAUAUCGUUACUUGGUCCAAGAUGAAGAGCAGGAGGAGAUCCAGUACGCCCGUCGCCACUACGUCAAUCCAUUCCUGGUGGUGUCCCGCAGGUGUAUUUUCCUCAUUGGCUGCGGCGUUCUGUCCCUCCUCUCUCUUGCCGGAUACCUGGCUUACAUAGCCGAGACCCCUCGUCUGGGACGUGCAGAGGUGGAGACAGAGUGCGGUUGGCUGCGUGGUCACCUAAAAGAUGGGGCAUAUUCUUUUAAGGGCAUCCCAUAUGCCGUACCGCCUGUGGGUGAACGACGUUGGCGCCCCCCGGAGGACCUGCUAAAGGCGGGAAAGUGUUGGGAUGGCGUCUACGAUGCCACCCAUUUCCGCAGCAUAUGUGCGCAAGUGCAGCCCCUGCGUAAGAAUGGAAAAGUUUUGGGGCAGGAAGACUGCCUGCACCUCAGCGUGUGGACGCCGAGCCUUCGGCCCGCCAAACCCUUGCCGGUCAUGGUAUGGAUCCACGGAGGGUACCUCCACAUGCUGAGCGGCCAGGAAAAAGGUUACUCGCCCACCGAAGAACUGGCGGCACGGACGCAGACGGUGUACGUCAGUAUGAAUUACAGGCUCAAUGCGUUCGGCUUCAUGGCACUGAAGGUGCUCAGGGAGGGGUCUGCCACCAACUCUUCAGGAAAUUAUGGCUUCAUGGAUCAGAUCCAAGCCCUUCACUGGGUCCAGAAGAAUAUCCAUAAAUUUGGUGGGGAUGCAGAAAGGGUUACCAUAUUUGGCCAAAGCUCAGGUGGGACAUCAGUUUGGACUUUGAUGAUGUCACCGCUAGCCAAAGGUCUCUUCCAUCGUGCGAUCGACAUGAGCGGCUCGUACGUUUAUAACGCCUCCCUGGAGUCGGCCGAAAGAGGCAACUUAGAAUUCCUGAAGAGCACCGGCUGCAAAGAUGCCGUCUGCCUGCGAGGCCUGAACAUCACUCAAGUCCUUCAGGCAAUUCCGUGGCAGCAGUACCCAUCCUGGGCAGCAGAUGAACUGGUCGAUCUUCCGGUGAAGGGUCAGUUUAUUGGGCCGGUGUGUGUAGUUGAUGGUCAUGUUCUCCUCGAGCCUCCAUUUAAGUCCUGGGAGAAGAGCGGAGCCUACAAUGAUGUUCCUUUUGUGGUUGGAACAACAGAACAGGAAACUGACUAUGGUCCUCCAUAUAAGAACAUCUCAACAUGGACAUUGGGGGACUAUAAGUGGUUUGUGAGAGAGAAACUGAUGCCUUUUGGAGAGAACGUGACCAAUCAGGCCCUCGAGCUGUACGACAGUUCGGCACCAUGUAAUACCUCUGAUCGAUGUCUGGAGAGACUCUACACCACCAUGAGCUCUGACAUGAGGGUCACCUGCCCCAAUAAUGACCUGGCUAAAAGAGCUGCAGGAGCUUUGAAGAGCCCAGUUUACCGUUAUGUAGUGACUUACACACCAUCGAGACAAGCAAGCGUCUCCAGCUUGCUUCCAUUUCCCAGUCGCUUUGCAUUUCAUCUUCUAGACAGCCUGGCCUUCUUUGGUGGUCUUGAAAUGGCUUUGGGAAACCUGUCACAUGCUGAUAUCAACUUUCAACAAGAGCUCACCAAGUAUUUCCUACAUUUUGCCAAAGAGGGUAAGAUGCCAGAAGAGUGGUCGGAGUUUCCUUCACACACUGCAUUGCUGAAUGAAACCGUUUCAUUCGUAAGCAGCUACUCGGCCCAGCGAUGUGACCUGUGGGAGAAGAACGGCUUCUACUCGUACGCCUGGAUGAACUGAGCCACAUAAUCAUGGGAUUUAUCGACCUGUCCACCACAUUUUCUUCGACCUGUGUGACAUAAGCAAAGCUUUACCGGGUGAUUAUGUAGCAUUAUCGAUACAUUGUGUAGGACUUUUCUGAGUGGGGAAUGUAUAACGCUUGCAUUUACAUGAUCCUAGAGGUAAAUAUGUUGGGGAAAUGACCAAUGAGAUCUCUUUAAUAUGUAAAUAUAUAUGAAAUGGUUUCUCCUAGACAGCAAUGAAAUGAAAUGUAUCUUUCUAAUGUGACAUAAAGACCCCACUAAUGUCAUGUGUAUCCUCUACAGAGGAGGAUUUACUAG